CAGUAUAGCUGAACUGACUGUUGCCUCUGGUUUCUUUCUCAGGAAACUAUUCCCCAAAACACAGCACUUGCCAAGGUGUGCAUUCCCUUGAAUGUACUUGCAAUAAUACAUUUCCUGAAAACCUUAAGGCCACCAAGACAACAAAGGUGAAAAGCAGAAGAGGAAGGAAAGGCCAGCGCAGCAUGGAUGUGGAGACCUAGGCCCUUGACAAUGUGGAAGGCAGUAUCCAUAGCUAUAACAACACUGAAAAUUGUCAGCUGCUGGCGUGGUGUACCUGGAGUCCUGUCUGCCUGAGUUGCUCAUUCCUGCUCUUGACCUCAGUACAGGAUUCAUUACACAGGCCACCCUCCUGAACUGUUUCCAGAGAUGGCUUAUCUUACUUUGCUUUUGGCUAUUCUUCACGUGCACAAAGUGCUGUGUGAAGAGACAUUUUGGGACACAACUGUUCAGCUUUCUGAGACUAUGACUCUGGAAUGUGUGUUUCCGUUGGCGGAUAACUUAACCCAGGUGGAGUGGACCAAGAUCAGUGGCACAGAGACUGUGACCAUAGCUGUUUACAACCCUAACCAUAGUUUGUUUAUAGAGCAUAACUACCUCGGCAGAGUGUACUUUCUAAACUCAACGGCGGGGUUCCGCAACAUGAGCCUCUCCUUUUACAAUGCCUCUGAAGCAGAUGUUGGCACCUACUCCUGCUUGUUUCAUUCUUUCCCAAGGGGACCUUGGGAAAAGAAGAUAAAGGUGGUCCAGUCAGAUAGUUUUGAGAUAGCAGCACCCCCGAAUAGCUACCUGUCUUCAGAACCUGGACAAAAUGUCACACUCAGUUGUCAGCUCCAAAUGAACUGGCCAGUGCAACAAGUCAUAUGGGAAAGAGUCCAGCCCCAUCAGGUAGACAUCUUGGCUUCCUGUAAGCUAUCUCAAGGGACAAGAUACACAUCAAAGUACCCAAGACAAACAUGGAGCAACUGCAGCCAGGGGAUCAGGCAAAGUGUCCUCAUCAUCCUUGAUGCCAUAACUGCUGACUCAGGACUUUACAGAUGCCGAUCUGAGGCCAGCACCGGAGAGAAAAAUACCUUUGUCCUAAGGCUGGUCAUAACUGAUGGUGGAGCCAACAAACCUUUUAUCCUUCCCGUUGCUGGAGGGUCAGCUUUGCUGUUACUUGUCAUCCUAAUUAUCAUCACCAUCAUUCUUUAUAACAGAAGGAGAAGGAGACAGGUGAGAAUACCACCUAAAGAGCCCAGGGAUAAACAGAGUAAGGUAGCCAUCAACUGCAGAAGUCCCACUUCUCCCAUCCAGUCUAUCGAUAAUGAAAAAGAGGACAUUUAUGUGAACUAUCCAACCUUCUCUCGAAGACCAAACCCAAGAUUCUAAGCUAUUCUUCUGGUCUUAGCACAUUAGUGAUGACUUCUAUGACAUGGAUUUUUACCCAUGCUAUCUUCACUGCCAGGAUCUAUUUUGAUUAAAAAAAACUUGAUUGAAUUUAUUUAAUGUAAUAGAAAGAAAUACUUUUUAUUACCUUGGAACAUUCUUAAUAGAGAUGCAUUAGAAAACCUAAUUUUAAUUAGCUCACAACUACAAGGAAACAUCAUCUAAUAAGUAACAAAACAAUCUCAAGAAGAUUAAGUACCACAUGGAUUUCUUGUUCAGUUUGAAAUUAAUGGUGGGCAUAAGGUUGUUUCUGACUCCUUCCUACAGUAUUGGUUCUCCUUAUAUUCUACCUGCCCAAACUCUCAUUCUGCCUCCCUCAGAUGCUCACAUGAUGUUUGCCAAGGUAGAAAGUUUACUAAUCAAACACAAGAACAAGGUUGUUACAUCACGUAAUUCAAAAGAGUACAUGUAAAGUAAUGGCCAUUGAAGAGAUAGGUGCGUGAUCAUUUCUUCCCUUUCUAAUUUCAAAUAAACUCAUCUCUAAUUCUAUAGAAAAUUCUUGCCAUUCAUCCAGGCCUAGUCUUUUAUACAAUGAGAUGGUUCAAUAAGGAAUAAUGCUUUUUAUAAUGUUUUUCUACUUUUGAGAAUUAUUUUAAUAUGUAAAUUUGUAAGUUAAAAACCGUGCAAAUGAACAAAUGAAAAGAGAUUGGUGGUUUUAAGCAGUAGAGUACAGUAAUGUAGGAAUCUGAGAACAGAGUAUAGAAAAUGUGGGGGAAGGAGAAGGUGUCACUGAAGAGCGACAUAUGUAGGAAAAUCUGUGCCUCAGAGUUUGAACAGAAACAGCCCUCCCAACCCUACUGGCAUAGAGGAGCACUCCAUGUGGUCUCCAUUCUCGAUACAGGAAAACGUAAGAAGCAUUUGUGAAACUACAUAAAAUUAUAGUUAUCUCCAAACGAUGGUGGUCAUUAUCAAAUAGAAUAUUAUUUAGUAUCUAAACGACUCAUUUCUUAUCUGCAAAGAACUUUAAAGGACCAUAAUCUUUAAAUCUUAAUUGUAGAAAGCUUCAAUUUAAUUUCUGGUAUGUAGAUUUUGUUACAAAAAUAAGUGAAAUAAAAACAAAUGCUAAUGCUGUUACAUACAUUAUAAAAUAUAAUUCACAGUUUUAUGGUAACUUGUGAAAAUUUCAUUUUGUUAACCUUAAAUACCAUACACCAUGAAUAGGCCUAUUAUUUUGCCAAUUUCAGAAAAUCAGAAAGUAAUAAAUGAAAAUGGCAAGUUGUGCUUACAAAUUUAUUCAAGAAUGGAUAACUCAGAUUUUUACUGAUUGUUUGAAGAUUUUGUGUCUCAAAUUGUGAACUGUUUCCAUAAAUAUACCAGUGUGUCAAAGUUGAAAGACAACUAAUCAAAAAAUAGCCAACAUUUGGAACCAUUAGAGAUAUAUGGCUGUAUAUCUCAGUUUGCAUAGUGAAACAACUUAGUAUUAUUCAUUAAAUAGUUACUUUCCAUAUAUGUUAAAGACAACCAAAAUACCACUCUCUAGAAUAUUUGGAUGCCCGGCUUUGCGACGGCUGAGUUAGUAAGAAGGAAUAAUUUUUGUAAUUGCCUAGGGAGAUAUAAAUAGCUGGCUGGUGGUCGAUGAUUUGUAUGAGGAGUUUCCUAAGUAGAAUAAAAAAUCCUCCAGAACACUGGGAGUUUCUUUUGCUGUGGGAAUUUAGAUGCUUUUUUGAAAAAAAAAAUCACUUCUCACCAUUUCUUUCUGUAUAUAGUUCCCUUGCAGAAUUUAGUAUUUAUCAGGAACACUUACUGCAACCUCUGACCCCCCAUGUCUCCGUUAUGCUGACACAUUUUCACUCAAGGAAGCACUUUAGUUUCGAUCUUUGUAUACUACGCAAUUCACCCAAUUUCUGGACUAUGACCCCUCAAAAAUAUUUUGUGCCUAUUAUUCUGAUUGGCAGCAGAAUGAACAAAAUUGAAACAAAAAAAAUAAAAAAUAUGAAAGUCAGAAAUGAAAUACAAUUUUUCCAUCAUAUUUUAUAUUUGGUGCUGCUUCAGAGGCCAGAUGUUUUCUGGAGGUGCUUUUUACCCAUUAUGUGCACCAGUAUAUAAUAUAACCUUAAGUGUGAUAUGUAUGCUUGCAUUAAAUGCUACUAUCAUAAUAUUUACAAUAAGGUAAACAAUGAAAGAAAGUUAGGUUUGAUUAGGAACAGAACACUUUCUUAGGCACUUAUAAUGACUAUGUCUUCACUAUAUUAUUAUUAGAUUGAUGUUGAAUUUUAUUUAAAUGCUUUUAUGUUAAUAUUAAGAAAAUAGUAUGAAAGUCUCUCUUUUUCUUUUCUUUUUUAUUCUUUCCUAUUUUUUCUAUUUCUGAGGACUGAACUCAAGACUUCUCAAUGUCAGGCAAGUGCUCUACCACUGAGCUACAGCUCAGGUUCAGAAUAUAAUUUUAAAGUUUAAAUAUUCAACUUAUU